AUGCCGCUGCUCAAAUGUCUAAUCGAACUGCGUCCAAAUUUACGCACUGCAGUCGUUUUGCUCCAUUUUGAUGGAUUGGUGACCGAAAACAAUUCUCGCAUCGAGAUUGAUGAGCAGGGCGUGAAUGUUUGCGAAACACUGGAGAACGGCAGCGUGAAGACUCAGUUAAUAAUAGAGUACAACGCUUUCGGCAUGGAUAUCCAUAAUAUUACAUCGUUUAUAGUGGCUGACAACCAUAUUUAUUUCCGCUUCAAUUACAAUCGCAUCGACUUGGAAGCGUUGGAGCGACAGAGCGUGCUUGUGGCGAUGAAGCCGAUCGAGCUGCAGUUCAAGGAGAGGUCAGCGCCCUUCGCGCUGCACUGCAUCAGCUGCUCGGCGAAGCUUGUCUCAUCUUGCAGCUAUGGGCGCUUGCGCGAGUUCCCACAUGGUAUUGUCGAGCCGGCCGAUUUCUAUUGUGACAUGGCCAGGGGACCUGUGCCGAACGCAUUGCUGGUGCCCGGUACUACAGAUCUCUUCUAUGGCCUUAACUACAUUGUCCUCAAAACGGACGUCGUGUUGAGUCGUGUGGGGCUGCACGACAGUUUGAUCUAUUGCGGGAAUUGUUUGCGGUUGCUGGGAAAACUGAUUUUGCAGGGUUUAGCUGCCAGAUUGUGGGCAGACACAGUGCAUUGGAGUCUUGAGAUUGAGGAGAAUAAGGAAAGGACAGAAAAGGAAAGCAAGGUUCAGGCAGCAGUGCACCAUUAUGAUCCGCAUCCGAUCUUCAAAUACGACAUGAUCACUCAAUUCAUGCUACGCCUGCUGCACUGCCUCUGGCGUCCGGUGAUGCCGCAGCUUUCUCCAAUAUCGAACAAGGUCCUGUUGUGGUGCACGCUGCCGAAUCGUGAGCUGCGGAAGGUGCUGCUUCUUGUUCUGGAUCCUGACUUGCGCGUGUUGCGUCGUUAUCCUCCCGGCCAUGAGAGCCUGUGUGGCUAUCGUGCCUGCAAGCUGUAUUUCAAAAUUCUGGACAUAGUGAACGUUAAUCACACCUACCUGGAUCAAAUCCCAUGGGAGGACCAAAGGGAAGUGCCUCUGUUAGAGGUGUCGCACGUCAUGUUCUUGGCACUUGUGGCGCGUUUGGAGCUAAACAUGGAAACUGUGCCGGAAGCUUGGCGUUACAACACAUGUACGGAGAAAAUGCUGCUCACCUAUUUCUUUUAUGAGGACGAACCGGAGGAGCAAAUUAUUGCCGAACAAUUAUGGGUCGCACAACAGCUUAAAAAGAACGUGAUUGUUCCGGAUAGCAUCGAUGCAAAUGAUGAGCAUUCCGAUGAGUCGUAG